CUCAUUGGUUUCAGAGAGCUUUAUACACCUAAAAAUGGCGCCUUCCGCCGCCAUUUUUCUCUCUCUUCUCCUUUCCUUCAUACAAACCUCUCCGCCGAUAUCGGCCAGUCCGCUCGAUCCCGACGCGGAGAUAAAUUGUGGCUCAACCACCCCUUGUUCCAACCCAUCUGUUAGGCAAUUGCAGCCAUCGCCACCGCUACCACCACCACCGUUGCCGCCUCCGAGGUUUGUUUACACGAUGGGCGUUCCCAGUGACCUAUACCAGAAUGAUGAAAAGAACCGUUGGUAUUACUUCUCCGGCGCGGUCGGGAAGCCGCCAGCCAUGGCGGCGCUGGUGGUGGUGGGCCUUGCCUGUGGAGCUUUGGAUCUCAUGGUGUUUGGUAAGUGGUAAAGGAUGAAUAGAAAUAUAGAGUAACUUAAUGUAUUAAGUUUGGUA